AUGCCGCCGGUGCGUAGUCAUCACAGGCCUCGCCAGGACCCGGUAUCUUGUAAAGUAUGUCGGCAGAAAAAGCUCAAAUGCGACCGAAAAGUGCCCUGCUUGAAUUGCAAGAGUCGCAAGAUUGCGUGCGAAUAUGGUGGCGACGGGCCAUUGAUUAUUAUCGAUGAUGGAAAAGAUGAUGAUCUCCGAGCUGAGAAUGUGGCCAUCAGAGCAAGACUGGAUCGGCUGGAGCAGGCUUUCUACAACAAGCCCACCCACAUCCUACCAUCUCCAGAGGUUCCAGUCGAUAGGACGCAGACGGAUGCUUCACCGCUCGGGAAUCCGCAAGCUGUACAAGCAGAUGAAGACUCCAGAUGGUUGGAGAGAUUGGAUGCUCGCGCAGACCUCAUCAUGCCCCAGUCCGCCGCUCCCGAUGUCAUUCAUCUGCAGAGUCUGGAACAAGCACUGCUGGCAACGGACCAAUUUCCGGCAGCAAGAAACAUAAUUGUACCAACUCACGAAGUUGCCCACCUGUUCUUGAGCCAAUACGCCGAGCACGUCGACGGAACUCAACACAUCCUACACAUUACCAGCACGCGUCAAAUGCUAGACAAUGUCUACGAAAGACUGGCAAACGGCCGAGAAGUUGACCGCGGUGCGCUCUGUCUUAUCCUAGGCAUCUGCGCCAGCGCCUCGUACUUUUCUACAGCCGGCUCAUCGUGUGGCAGUGAGGUACUCAGAGACCGUGCCAUGGCACAUCGUUUGGCUCGUCUCUGGGCCACGCAAGGCAUGUACGCCAUGGAACAGAUCCAGAGCAAGACUACCACGAGCCCCACUCUGGAAGCGGUGCAGGCGAUGGUGAUAUUAACCUUUUUGUUCUAUCACAUGGAAGGCUUUACAUGCCGCAUGAGAUUUAUGCAUUCCUCUGGCAUCAUCAUGGCAAGAGCCCUUGGAUUUCACAAGCUAGACAUUCCUGUUGUAUGUCCUUCGCCCUGCAGCCGCCAGGAAACGAUUGAGAAAGAGGUGCGCCGUAAAAUCUGGUGGCAUCUGACCUGCUCGGACUGGAUCUUCUCCUUCGUGGGCGGUCCCCAGGAGGGUUCCCACAGCAUAGGAUUGCAUGAUAUGAGAGUGAACAUUCCGCGGAACCUGAACCCACAAGAUCUCGAUACUCAAGCCCCCGACUUCAAUCGUCCUCUCUCGGAGCCGACGGAGAUGGCCUAUUACUUGCAACGUAUCAAGCUUGCCACUACAUGUCGUGACGUGACGGAAACUGUGUGGAGAAACAUUCGCUUCACAGAUCCUCUAGAGAUUGAUUAUGAUACUGUCGCUGUCCUCGAUGCAAAAUUCGACGCUCAGUUGAAAGAUCUCCCGCGAUUCAUGCACCUCGACAUCACAUGCUCACAACUGCGRGCCGAGUACGGAGAGCUUUUCACAUCCUCACUCGACAUACAGCGCAUCCUGGUCCACUUGAUGAUCAACACCAGACGUUCCCAGCUACAUUUACCUUUUCUAAUCCGCGCAAAACUGAGUCCAAAGUUCAAGCAGUCUCGAGCAACGGGAUUACACUCCGCCCGCGCAGUAUUCAAUGCUCGUCGGCUCGCAUUACAGGACACAGAAAGUGUUGCUGCCUUACAUCUAGAGCUCGGAGGUCUACUCCAGCAUUUGUUCUACGCGGCUAUUGUAUUGGUCAUGGACUUUUGUCUCAAUAGAGAUGAAGAAGAUGGUGCCACAAUCACCGAAGUCCGAGAUGCUCUACACAUUGUGGAAAAUUCACGAGACGCUUUCCAAAUGGGCCCACGCUUCCACAGUAAAAUUAUGCACAUCAUGCGAAAGCACAAUGUCAAUAUGACUGCUGCCACCGAGCCUGUACUACAGGAGACUGGAGUUUCGCGCCCUGGAGAUGUCUCUGAUAUGAACCUGGGUCUUGACUUGACUUUCGACACAUCAUCCUCAGACGGGCCCGAGCUGGRUGGUCUAUGGCAGGACUUUUUAAAAACUGCGCCUGCCCUGAACUCACAGGACUGGGACGCUCUACUGUCGGAAUUUGAUAUGAGUUCCAUGUGA